AUGUCGAACACACGAACGGAGAGCGACGCCUUCGGCGAGAUCCAGGUCCCGGCGGACAAGUACUGGGGUGCUCAGACGGAGCGGUCGCUUGAGAACUUCCGUAUCAACCAGCCCCAGGACCGCAUGCCACCCCCAAUUGUGCGCGCCUUUGGCAUCCUCAAGGGCGCCGCCGCCACCGUCAACAUCAACUACGGCCUGGACCCCGAGAUUGGCAAGGCCAUCCAGCAGGCCGCCAAGGAGGUGGCGGACCUCAAGCUGCUCGACCACUUCCCGCUGGUCGUCUGGCAGACCGGCUCCGGUACCCAGUCCAACAUGAACGCCAACGAGGUCAUCUCGAACCGCGCCAUCGAGAUCCUGGGUGGCACCAUGGGCAGCAAGAAGCCUGUGCACCCCAACGACCAUGUCAACCGCAGUGCCUCGUCCAACGAUACCUUCCCUACCGUUAUGCACAUUGCCGCCGUGCUCGAGAUCGAGGGCGAGCUGUUGCCGUCCAUCCGCAGCCUGCGCACCGCGCUGCAGGCCAAGGUCGACGAGUUCGAGGCCAAGGGCAUCAUCAAGAUUGGUCGCACGCAUCUGCAGGAUGCGACCCCGCUGACGCUGGCCCAGGAGUUCUCCGGCUACGUUGCUCAGCUUGACUACGGCAUCCAGCGCGUCGAAUCGUCCUUGCCGUCUCUGCGCCAGCUGGCCCAGGGCGGCACGGCUGUCGGCACUGGCAUCAACACCUUUGUGGGCUUCGCCGAGGCCGUUGCCGCCGAGGUCAGCUCCAUGACCGGCACCCACUUCGAGACGGCACCCAACAAGUUCGAGGCUCUGGCCGCGCACGAUGCGCUCGUGCAGGCUUCGGGCUGCCUCAACACCCUGGCCACCUCGCUGUCCAAGAUUGCGCAGGACAUCCGCUACCUGGGCAGCGGUCCCCGCUGUGGUCUCGGCGAGCUGAACCUGCCGGAGAACGAGCCCGGUAGCAGCAUCAUGCCCGGCAAGGUCAACCCCACGCAGUGCGAGGCCCUGACGAUGGUGUGCGCCCAGGUCAUGGGCAACCAUGUGGCGACGACCAUUGGUGGCAUGAACGGCCAGUUCGAACUCAACGUCUACAAGCCGCUGAUCAUCCGCAACGUGCUGCACAGCAUCCGCCUGCUGUCGGAUGGCAUGCGCUCGUUUGAGAAGAACCUCGUCGCUGGCCUGCAGGCCAACGAGGAGAAGAUCAGCAACAUUAUGAAGGAAUCCCUAAUGCUCGUCACCUGCCUGAACCCCAAGAUCGGCUACGACAUGGCCAGCAAGGUCGCCAAGAACGCGCACAAGAAGGGUCUGACCCUGAAGCAAAGUGCGCUCGAGCUCAACGCCCUCACCGAGGAGGAAUUCGACACGCUCGUCCGGCCGGAGCUGAUGGUCGGUCCCAGCCUGUACAAGGCUUAG